UAAACACAGAGCAUCAGAGCGGAGCUCACCGCCCGACGGAGCAGCACUGCGUUCGGCUCCCAGCUUUGUGUUUUCGCGACAAACCGGCUUUUAGUCUAUAAAGCUAUUUCUUUCCAACUUCAGCUACAGUGAUAGCUAAGUUUGGAAAGGAGGAAAAGGGAGAAACGCCGUGUUUGUGUCACUGCAGUCAGUAAUCUUUAGGUCCAGCAGUGACAGGGGUCGACUUCCUACAAGCACAAAAGAGAAGACAACGUAAAGGGAAAACAGUAAUAUUCAAUAGGUUAUUUUUUUUUGGACAUCUUUAAAAUGGAAAACUCUGGACCUAAGAAGACUUGCUGUGAAUCUGCCCGAGACUUCUUCACUUCUUCUAAAUUCCUAAUUUACAUGGGACAUGCUCUGUCAACAUGGGGUGACCGCAUGUGGAACUUUGCCGUGGCUGUUUUCCUGGUCGAGCUGUAUGGCAACAGCCUGCUGCUCACGGCCGUAUAUGGGCUGGUGGUGGCCGGCUCCGUGCUGCUGCUGGGGGCCAUCAUUGGGGACUGGGUGGACAAAAAUCCCAGACUCAAAGUGGCCCAGACUUCACUGCUCGUCCAGAACAGUUGCGUCAUCACGUGCGGGAUCCUCCUGAUGGUUGUUUUCCAGUUCAAAGAACAGCUUGUGGAGCUUUACAAUGGAUGGAUUCUGACCACCUGCUAUAUAAUGGUGAUCACCAUCGCCAACGUUGCCAACCUAGCCAGCACGGCUACAUCCAUCACCAUCCAGAGGGAUUGGGUGGUGGUUGUGGCGGGUCAGGACAGCAGCCAGUUGGCAGACAUGAACGCCACAGUGCGGAUUAUCGACCAGCUGACCAACAUCCUGGCUCCCAUGCUGGUGGGUCAGAUAAUGGCCUUUGGCUCCCAUUUCAUUGGCUGCGGCUUCAUCUCGGGCUGGAACCUGUGUUCCAUGUGUCUGGAGUACGCGCUGCUGUGGAAGGUCUACCAGAAGACGCCGGCGUUGGCUGUGAAAGUCGGCCAGAAGGAACAGCAUCAGGAGCUCAAACAGCUCAGCCCCCCGAAAGACCUGGAGAACGGCCAGAGCCCUGAGGAGUCGUCUCAGCCGCUGAUGAAUGAAACCGCAGUCGUGGCCACGCCCGACUCUCCCAAGCCGCACAGCUGUUGCUACCAGGUGAGCGAACCCCUGCGCACCCUCAAGGCCGGCUGGGUGGCCUACUACAACCAGAACAUCUUCUUCGCCGGCAUGUCCCUGGCGUUCCUCUACAUGACAGUGCUGGGCUUCGACUGCAUCACCACGGGCUACGCCUACACGCAGGGCCUCAACGGCUCGGUGCUCAGCCUGCUGAUGGGGGCCUCGGCCGUGUCGGGCAUCUGCGGCACCGUCGCCUUCACUUGGGUUCGCAAGAAGUGCGGCCUGAUCCGCACAGGCUUCAUAUCGGGCGUGGCCCAGCUGUCCUGCCUCAUGCUGUGUGUCGUCUCCGUCUUUGCUCCCGGGAGCUCCUUCGACCUCAGCGUAUCGCCCUUCCAGGACAUUUACUCCCACCUGGUUGGAGAGACGGCGCUGCCCGAGGCCGACCACAGCCUCACCGGUGGAAACGCCACCACUGCUGCACCAGCUGAAGAGCUGCUGCCUCUGCAGUCCUACAUGUCUGUUAGUCUGCUGUUUGCUGGCGUCAUUGCUGCUAGAGUUGGCCUUUGGUCUUUUGACCUGACAGUGACCCAGCUCAUCCAGGAGAAUGUGAUCGAGUCAGAGCGAGGUGUCAUCAACGGUGUCCAGAACUCCAUGAAUUACCUCUUAGACCUGCUGCACUUCAUCAUGGUGAUUCUGGCUCCGAACCCGGAGGCCUUUGGCCUGCUGGUCAUCAUCUCUGUCUCCUUCGUGGCCAUGGGUCACAUGAUGUACUUUGGGUUUGCUUUCAAGAGCCUGGGCAGCCGCCUCUUUCUCUGCUGCUCGCCGGAGCAGAAGGUGGAGAAUGUAGAAAGCCCCUCACUUUCUACCACAGUCUAACCCCAUAAAAGAGACUCUGUCCUGGGUACAUAUUUCUCAAGCCUUACCCAGCCUUAUCCAGCUAACAUCUUUGCUUGUAGCUGGCGGAAUGCUAAGGUAAACCAGAGAAAGGUAACUUAACAUACUAUAUAUACUGUAGCCACUAAUAAAGCAUUAAUCAUUAGCAGGAGGUGAGUUGAAAGCUUUAAGAACUGGAUACUAAUCCAUAGUAAAACUUUAGGGUUUCUCUAACUUUUUCAGCAUGGGAGUCAGAUGAGAGCCUCAGCUUCUCAUCUAUGGGUCGAUGCUCUUUGAUACGUAUAUGUACUGUCAAACAAGGAUCCAUCACUUCUAGGCUUGUGACCCCAUUGAGGGUCCUGUUAAAGAAGUGAGGGGAGGCCCUGUAAAGUAUUCUCCUCCUGACAGCCUGGGUCUAGCUGGAAAGAUUUUCCGAAGGUGCUUCAGCUAACUAAAGGGCAAACUGAGGGAGAAUUCUUGCAGGGAAGCAGGCACUGAGGGUUGCAUUAGGGGGAACGGCUGAGACCGGAAAAGACAGAGCGUUCCCCCCUUUUCUGACACUUGCCUCUCAGUGACUUCCUUGGUGCUGUAGCUGUGUCUGCUAGCUGUUCUCUGGUAGCCUACUCUUGGUUGUGUCAGCUAACACGUACGAUGAGCAGGUUGUGGAUGCCUUCCUCCAGACAAGGGGGGGGGGUGCUUUUUAUUUAACCAAACUCAAAACUGGGAAUUGGGAUCUGGUCUCUUUAAUACGUAGUUAUAAAGGGUUAUGCAAAUAACUGUAUUUAUUCAGGAGAUAAAGACGGUGAUUUUUAUGAAUUAAUAAUUGUAUCAUCAGUAUUGCGCUGUGCCAUUGCUCACGGUUGUGCCAUAAGAAAGAAAUGAGAAAUCCUAUGCACCCUUCUCAAUAGCUCUCUCAGUUACCAAAGUCAAAGUCCAUAUGCGGCAUAAAAGGAAGUGAGGGAAUCCAGUUAUCUGUCUGAAGCAUUCCAAAUACAUAGGAUAUAGAUUUUUAUCAGGUGACAGUAGUUGUGUAGCUUCACUAUUGCUUUCAUAUACCCAUAGUUAUCUGAAUAUUUCUAACCCACUCUGAGAUUGUACUUAAAUCUAGUUUCUCUGGUAGUUUACAUUAAUAGUGUUAUUUUGUCACCUUGUGAUUUUUUCGUUCUCUUGAAAAAAAUUUCAAUCAUGAUUGUUGUUACACAGGCACUUUAAGUGAUUGACAUCUGUCAUUACAUCUAAUGCGUGAUCAGGCAUUUGAUCAAUAUUUUUGCACAUGGCUGAAGUCCUGACUCCCCCCAAAACCCCCUGCUCAGUCCUAUUUCACUCAAUAACUGUCUCCCUGCCUCAGCCACACAAGUCUAUGAGGAAAAACUAUACCAGUUCCUUUAGCCAGGGCUGAAUACCCCAGAUAUCCCAGUUUCCUCGAAAAGUCAGCCAGGGAGGCGAAGCCAGCAACCCUGAUCUGAUCUCAGGUUACUCUUACUAGUCUAGAAAAUGUAUUUAAAUAGUAUUGCCUGUUGUUUGUGGCUUUUUUGCAUGCUACUUUUCCCUUGAAGUGAUUUUGUCAGUAAGUAAAGUGUCUCCAAAAACAGUUUAAAGUCACAGACCUUCAGAAACUAUCUUUGCUUUAAAGUGAGCAUAUGUGACUUUUUCUGCUAAAACAUCAGCAACAGACAAGUCAUAGGUUCAGCUAACUGGUAACAAAGCAAAAGCUAUGGAAAGUUUGCUAACACUCGCCACCAUAAGCUACUUACUGGUCAUAGCAGGCUAACAGCAAAACCCUGGGUGUGCUGAGCAAGACUAUUACUACUACUUACACUACUGUAUUUAGUUGCUUAUGAAUUCAACUUUUCAUUUGUAAAAAGAAUAAUGUGUUAUUUCGUUUUAAAGAUCUACCCACCUAAAGUAACUAAUAUAACUAGUUCCUUUCCCCCUCCGACCUCCAGUGAUUUCUGGCACCUUGUUGUAAAUUAGCCUUGACAGCUGUUAAACGCACACAUUGAGACAAGUUAGCCGCAGCCAACCCAUGAAAAAUCUAGGCAGCCAAGAUUUUGGUAAGGGGAGGGGGGGUUAUUUAGGUUGGAAAUAGAGCUAGCCACGCCAGAUGUCAGAGAACAGAAGGCCACUUUUUAGCCGCAUUUUCCCAUGAAACCUGGUGGAGGGUGUGGUGGUGGGUCAGGAUGUCUGCAGGUUUGCCCGGAGGUGCAGGAUCACUGGGAAUGGAGCUUCAUUUUUAUGUUCCACCCGGGUUCAAUGUAACCUCAAACUCAGUCUGGGCAUGAGAACACAACCAGCUCUUAAAACAGUUUGUUCUGCUGAUUCAGGAAUAUCACACAUGGCCGUAACUCUGUAUUUUUUUAUGUAAAUAGCAUUAGCCUUCAGUCAGUACAAACUUACUUAAAUAUACAAAUGGAAAAUACAAAAAAUACAUUGUGUAUACUGUUGCUCUGCUGUUUGUCUGGAAAAGUUGACGUUUUGCAUGUUUUUAUAUUCCUAGUGUUAACAGUUUGCGUGAGGUUUCUUAAAGAUUUUUGCAUUUCAUUUGAAUUCAUCUGUAUCAUACUGCUUUAAUCUGAAUAUAUAUAUAUCUCUCUGUAUAUAUCUCAGUGUUAUUGUAGUUCAGUAGACACAGACAUUAAAUCAUAAAGAAAUCCUUUUUAUGUAAUAAUCACACUCCACAGAAUAUACGGAUGUUGGUACUGCUUGUGUUGCAUGUGGUCUUCUAAAUAAAGAAAACCUUUACGUUC